CAUCAUUAUUAUUACCGUAACAUAACCUCAAAGUUUUUCAUGGCAAAAAGACCGAAUUUUCCUGCAAUUUCCUCAAAACAGCUUAUUAUCAAUACUAAAACGGUACGAUGAUUAGGACUUUCAUACAAAUAGCGGUAAAGUCGAGCAGUUUUAACCAAAUCGCUAGAAAUGUUUCCUCCCAAAGUCCACUAUCGAAACCCACUUUUUUCCAAAAAUUUUCCUCAAUAGCGAGCCCUCACGAGAGUAUCACCUCGAUCCCGGUGAAAAAACGGGUGCAACGCAAGAAAAAGUCUUUGGAAGACGAGGUUAGUGCCCCGGGGGUGUUUAAUGUGGUGGCAUUCGCCACUUCGGAAGAGUAUGACCUGGAAGGCCUUAGGCAGGGAUUAAAGAAACAAGACUUAUAUGAAGAUCAUUCUAUACCUAAUGAUAAUGAUGUAAUACAUGCGUAUGCAAAAUAUCGAGUUGAAAAGGAACCAAGAGAGAUAUUCUUCUAUAGGGACGGAGGAGUGGUACUGUGGAAUAUAACUGACUUAGAAAGCAGUAAUGUGCUUAAUUUCGUGAGACAAUAUGAGGAAAAUAGCUAUUCAGACAGACUGGUUCAAUCUGAGAGCGAAAUUAUGAAUUACAAAUAUCACACCGAUGAAGAGCGGCCAAGUUGCUUGGACAAGGAAGGUAAUUUUGUUUUGAGUUUAAAUUCCGAAAAAGAAAACUUAACCCUUAUUAAAUAUACUUUCUCGAAUGUCAUGUUCCUCUCGGUUAAGUUGGGAAUAUGGGAGGCCUCACUUGAGAAAUAUAUAGAGGAAAUUGAGGGGGUCACCCAAGAUUUGAAACGAGGUAGAGAAAUAAAAAUGAGCAGGGAGGAGGUUUUGAGGAAACAUGGAGAAUUGUUCGCCCUAAGACACUAUUUGAAUUUAAGCUCGGAUGUCCUAGAUACACCGGAUUUUUAUUGGGAAAAUGAGCAACUGGAGAGUUUAUAUAAUCAAGUUUGUGUUUACUUUAGCAUCAAUAAAAGGACAAAGGUUAUGAAUGAAAAAAUCAACCACUGCGUGGAGCUCAUUGAACUCCUCUCCCAUCAUCUCGGAGAUAAGCAUCACAUCCGACUGGAAUGGAUGAUAAUCAUUUUGAUUAUGGUUGAGGUUAUGUUCGAGGUUAUUCAUUAUGUCGAUCGGUAUAUACAUUGAUUUAAGCUCAAAAUGUUUUUAGUAUUUGAUGUAAAUAUAGAUAGUGGUAAGGUUAAGUUUUCUUGAGCAUUUAAUAAACAGACUGAGAUUUUUA